AUGAGCUGCGGUCAUCAGGCCGGCCGAGGAGGAGGAGGACCGGGCGGUGCUCGCUCCGCCAGCGACGACGUCUUCAGUGUCGCAUCCCGCUGCGAGGGCAUGUCCUUGCCGUUCUGCGUCUCCGUCCUGAGGCUGUGCGGGGCGUGGCACGACCGCCGACGGGACCGCACGGUCGUGCGCUGGGCCGAGCGCCUGCGCACCUCGCUGGUAGCUUCGCUGCUCGCCGCGAUGGUCGUCUCGCAGGCCGUCGAGGUCCGCAACUCGCGCCGCGACCUCACCCGGGUCACCGGCGUCUCGUGCAUCCUGCUGCUCGUGGUCUCUUCGGCGGGCAAGCUGCUCCUGGUGUCGUCCGCCCGGGCCGAGAUCUGCGAGCUCGAGGAGCGCCGGGCGGGUCACCGCCUCCCCCGCGCCGUCGAGGGGCGCUCCAAGAGGCUCGCCGCCUGCUACUUCGGGCUGAGCUCCGUGCUGGUGGUGUUCUGGUGCUGCGCGCCGGCCAGGAGCCGCCGGGCCUUACCUCAGAUGGCCUGGUACCCGUUCGACGUCUCGCGGUCGCCCUACUACGAGAUCACGUACGCCGCCCAGGUCGCGGGCUCGGUUCUGUUCAGUGCCAUCACGGUGGCCGCUGACACCUUGUUCUUCGUAUUGACGAUCAAAGAUUUCGCAGACAGCAUCACUCGGAUAAAAUUUCUACUGUAUUUGACAACAGCAUCUUUCGAAGUUUUUCUAUUCUGUUGGUACGGAAGUAAUCUUAUACAAGAGAGCUCAAGGGUACGGGAGGCGGCGUUCCUGAGCAGCUGGCCCGAGCGCUCCGGGCGGCACCAGCAGGCCGUUACCUUGGUGAUGCUGGCCUCGCAGCGACCCCGCCGCCUCACGGUCGGCAAGUUCCGGGUGCUCUCCUUGGAGACGUUCGUCGCGCUCCUCAACCUAUCUUACUCACUUUUCCUGGUGCUGAGAGAAGUGUACGGCCGUAACAAGGAUGGAAAAAUCACAACUUAA